GGCACACCCCUUCAGAACCUUUAUAGCAUAUAUUCUGAGGCAUAUUUCAUUAGCUUUACAGAUAAUCCAGGAAAAUGCUGAUUUUUACUGCGUUAUUACUGGUGUUUGUAGGAUCUCUAUGUUCAUCAGGACAUUAUCCUUGUGGUGGUCUUCUUACAUAUUCCCGUGGAUCAUUUCACAGCCCAAAUUAUCCUGGAAACUAUCACAACAAUGAACAUUGUGUAUGGAAUAUAAGAACUCCAAGCAGAUCACGUAUAAACCUAACAUUGAUGGAUAUUCAAACCGAAUGCUAUUAUGACGAAGUUGAAAUCUAUGAUGGGGACCAAAACUCCCGUUCUCUUGGAAGAUAUUGUAAUGGUGCCCCUCUAACAUUUGUAUCAUCUUCAAAUGCCCUAACAGUAAAUUUUUCCAGUGACGCAAGUGUCAUAGGCAAGGGCUUUAAUGCUGACUACUCAACAUUAUAUGAGCCACAUGAGGGAACACCUUUUAUAACCGCAACAGAGACAAGUCGUCUUCCUACAACUGAGUUAACAACCCCAUUACCUUCAACUGAAACAACAUUCCCUGGACCUAUAAUUGGAUUUACAACGUAUCGACCUACAACUGAAACAACAACCGCUACAACUGAGGAAACACUUUCUACAACUGCAACAGAGUCAAUAACUCGUCUACCUACAACUGAGUUAACAACCCCCGUACCUACAACUGAUGCACCAAGUCCUCCAUCAACAACAGAGAGAACAACUCGUCUACCUACAACUGAGUUGACAACCCCCGUACCUACAACUGAUGCAACAACUCCUCCACCUACAACAGAGAGAACAACUCGUCUACCUACAACUGAGUUAACACCCCCCGUACCUACAACUGAUGCAACAACUCCUCCACCUACAACAGAUGCACCAAGUCCUCCAUCUACAACAGAAACAACAACUCGUCUACCUACAACAGAGUUAACACCCCCCGUACCUACAACUGAUGCAACAACUCCUCCACUUACACCAGAGACAAGUCGUCCUCCUACAACUGAGUUGACAACAAUCUCGCAUUCUACAACUGAUGCAACAACUCCUCCACUUACACCAGAGACAAGUCGUCCUCCUACAACUGAGUUGACAACACCCGUACCUACAACUGAUGCAACAACUCCUCCACCUACAACAGAGUCGACAACCCCCGUACCUACAACUGAUGCAACAACUCCUCCACCUACAACAGAGUCGACAACCCCACUAUCUACAACUGAUGCACCAAGUCCUCCAUCUACAACAGAGACAACAACUCGUCUACCUACAACUGAGUUAACAACCUCACUACCUACAACUGUUGCAACAACUCGUCCACCUACAACAGAGUCAACAACUCAUCUACCUACAACUGAAUCAACCACAACGUCUUCCUUUUUGCCAGAAUCAACCACAACUUCUUCCUUUUUGCCAGAAUCAACCACAACUUCUUCCUUUUUGCCAGAAUCAACCACAACUUCUUCCUUUUUGCCAGAAUCAACCACAACUUCUUCCCUUUUGCCAGAAUCAACCACAACUUCUUCCUUUUUGCCAGAAUCAACCACAACUUCUUCCCUUUUGCCAGAAUCAACCACAACUUCUUCCUUUUUGCCAGAAUCAACCACACCUUCUUCCCUUUUGCCAGAAUCAACCACAACUUCUUCCUUUUUGCCAGAAUCAACCACACCUUCUUCCCUUUUGCCAGAAUCAACCACAACUUCUUCCUUUUUGCCAGAAUCAACCACAACUUCUUCCUUUUUGCCAGAAUCAACCACAGGGGAACAUAAAGAACCCAGCCCAACUCCCUCAGAAUCAUCUUCGUCUGAAGAAAGCAGUUCCUCUGAGUCCUUAAAUGCUCCUUAUUCUGUUCCCAGGGAAGGUUCCUUGAGACUAAUGAAUGGUCGCAACAAAUGCGAAGGUCGCGUUGAAAUUUACCACGAUGGCAUGUGGGGAACAGUCUGUGACGAUGGUUGGGACAUGAAAGAUGCACAGGUUGUGUGCAAACAGCUUGGAUGUGGAUCGGCGCAAUCAGCACCUAUAUAUGCCAAUUUUGGUCAAGGUGCAGGACCUAUUAUGUUGGAUAAUGUCCACUGCGCAGGGAAUGAAACUUACUUGUUUCAGUGUAAUCACUUACCUUGGCGUUCACAUAACUGCGGUCAUCAUGAAGAUGCCAGUGUCAUCUGUCAAGAUAAGAUAAAGACAACAGCCGGAUCUUUUACAAAACUCACAUGUUCUGGAGGAUUCAUGCAUGCACGCAUCAAGAGAGUCUAUAUGCAGUCACUGGGCUACAGAGCAUGGGAUUUGCAUCUGAAACAAUCGGACUUUUCCUGUACACGUGAAAUUACUUCAGACUACAUUAACUUCAAGAUACCAUUUCAUGGUUGUGGUACAGUAAGACAAGAGAAGGGUAAUGACACUAUGAUCUAUUCCAACGUAAUCAUGACAUCUCCCUCUGGUUACAUCAUUACAAGGGACCCAGACUUUGAAUAUCAUGUUUCAUGUACAAUGAAUAAGGACAUAGUUCUUGAGACAGAGUUUGUUGCCAAGAAUCCCAUUGACAUUACCAAAGGAGAGCAAGGACAUUAUGACGUCUUUAUGUCAUUCUUUAAAUCAUCAAAUUAUAGCACACCAAUUCACAGCCAUCCAUACAUGGUUCGGCUCAACCAGAAUGUAUUUGUUCAAGCCACUCUAAACAGUUCUGAUCCAUUGUUGCAACUAUUUAUUGACACAUGUGAAGCAUCUCCAGAUCGCAGUGACUUCAACACCUUGUCCUAUGACUUGAUCAGAUCAGGAUGUGUACGGGAUCAUACCUAUCAAACUGUGAAUUCUUCAAAUCCCAAUAUUGCUCGCUUUAAAUUUAAGACCUUCAAAUUUCUUGAACACCACAAUGAAGUUUACUUGAAAUGUCACAUGAUAGUAUGCAGAUUACAUGAUGAUUCAUCCCGUUGCAACAAGGGGUGCUCACGCAGAAAAAGGAGAGAUGUAGGUGCACUCCAGAACCAGGUGGAUGUAACUUUCGGACCAAUCAAGCUUCAAAAAGAAGACUGAAAAUAUGCCACCUUGGUGACCCUUAUGAGAAUAGAAAGAACUGGAGAAGCAUGCAACUGACACAAGAGGCGUAGCCAUCAGUUCAAUUCUGGUUACUACUGUUCCUUUGGUAGUAUUGUCUUUGUUCUAUCUGGCUUUCUUCUGAGCAGUAAAUUAAUGCUGCCUGUCUUUUGGAUCUUAAAAUAUAAUUAGAUUUAAGUGUUCAACGUUACAUACGCUAAUCAGAUACUGGUGGUGAUCAUGUGGCAAACUCCUAUGGUUUAUACAUCUCUCAGUAAGAACAAAUAUUGAAUGACCCUUUACAAUAGUUAGCCUUGUUCCAGCUGGGAUUAUUUCCAGUGUUGUGAGUUUGAUAUACUUCUUUGACUAGCAUGCAAUGCCUGCCAGAAAUGGGAGACAUGUAUUUUGAUUUCAAUUAAUUUGCAAUAAAAUUUCUCUAUACUUUCAA